AAUCAAUAUAUGACAGUAUAUUGUCUUAAUAAUUAUUUUUUCUAUCUCGUGAGUCGUGAGCUGUUGUUUAUUGUCGUUUCUAAUAUAUGUCGUUUGUUGAAUGUAUUGUCGUUUCUCUGCUUUGAAUGAUAACAAAGUAAGCCGAUUGGCUUUGGAGUUCAUUUCUGUUCUGUUAAAGCUCUCCAUGAAAUGAAACCAUAGAAAACUCAAGACAAGACAGCCAUGGAAGUCCUGCCUAACUCUUCUACCUCUCUCCUUUUACCCAAACAUUUAUUGGUCAAACCUCUUAAAAUCCAUACUCCACUCCUAAACCCCUCUAAAAACCUUAAAUUCCCCAACUCACUCAAUAAGAACAACUCUUUUAAUCUUUCGUCUUCUUCUUCUUCUUGCUCCUUUUCUUCGUUCACUUCUUGCAUUAGUUUCUCUUCCAGAACAGCUGCAACUACAACAUCAACAUCAACAUCAACGACACCUUCCACUUCUGCCACUUCAGACAAACGACAUUGGAUGGUGCUCAUGGAAGCUCCUCCAGAGGAAGUCAGUUCGAGAACAGAGGUUCUAGAUUACUACGUCAAGACCCUCGAACGAGUUUUGGGCAGUGAAGAAGAUGCUCAAAUGUGUAUUUAUGAUGCUUCUUGGGACACCCACUUUGGGUUUUGCUGUGACAUUGAUGAAGACAUUUCUCUUCAGCUCGCUAGUUUGCCAGGGGUCUUAUCCGUUAGGCCAGACCCAGAUUUACAUUCUGUGAAAAAGAAUUAUGAUUCUUCAAAUGUUCAACCAGAAAAUUUUAACAACUCAGAAAUUGUAGAGACCCCUUUGUUUCCUAUGGGGAAUACUAAACAUUGGGUUGUUAGUUUGGACAAGCCUGGGAUUGGGGUCGUUACAAAAGCUCAGAUGGUUGAUUAUUAUGCACAGAUACUAACAAAGGUUCUGGGAAAUGAAAAGGAUGCACAAAUGUGUAUUUAUCACAUUUCCUGGCAGUCCAACUUUGGAUUUUGCUGUGAACUUGACGAGCAGUGUGCUCGGGAACUAGCUAGUGUUCCUGGUGUUCAAUCUGUCCUGCUAGAUCAAAAUUUUGGAUCAGAUAAUAAAGAUUAUGGAGGCCUACAGAGCUCUACAAGUUCAUCGUAUUCUUCUGAAGAAAAUCAAACAAUACCUGUAAAAACAAAGAAACUAUUUGUGACUGGCCUGUCCUUUUACACAUCUGAGAAAACCUUACGGGCAGCAUUUGAAGGCUUUGGUGAGCUAGUGGAAGUUAGAAUAAUCAUGGACAAGAUUUCUAAAAGGUCAAAAGGUUAUGCAUUUAUAGAGUACACAACAGAGGAAGCUGCUAGUGCAGCGCUCAAAGAAAUGAAUGGCAAGAUCAUCAAUGGCUGGAUGAUAGUUGUCGAUGCUGCAAAGCCAAAGAGUAGCAUUCCAAGAUAUGACCGAGGCCGAAGCAGAUAUUCAGGCAAGGGAAAUGGAGAGAGGUAAUGCCAGGUUGAGGCUAAGUUAUAGUCAUUUAUCUCCCAUGUUGAUGUCCUCCAGAAUUUUGAACCUUUGUGUUUGUUAAAUUAUUAUUAAUGUCAAAUGUAUACAUAUUGAUUCUAGUUGAGGCAUUAUAGGUUUAGGUUUAGGGACAUUCAAGCCAACUGCUACCAUUCAUAUUGAAUCAGUCAGUUUGUUUCUGGUUCAAGUAAAUUUGACCAUACAAGAACAACAUAUUGCACUUUCAUUCCACAAAUAUGUUUUGAUAUUUUUCAGUCCUGAUUACAUGUGUGUAUCAGACAGUGCCAAACUUUUAUCAACUAUAUGUGUAUAAGUGUAGUAAAAGGUUGAUUCAUUACACUAUAAA